CAAAAGUGUGGAACCCGGAAGCUCAAUGUCCCCCCCCAUGCUUGUGGUAAAGUCAUACUAGUGAAGAAGGAAAGAGCGCUAUCAUAGAGAGAAGUAUCCAUCUGUUUCAGAGUUACUGCGGCGGUUAUGAGCUUUACGUGUCCGUUUCCGCGAGACUAAGCACAGUUGCAUCCUGGUAAAACAUCACAAUUUUCGUUAAGCGCCAAAAAUAUCGGGACGAUCAUGAUGUGGGAGCAGGAGGAGUUCGAUAAACACUGGAGGAAGGAGUUCCCCGACGGGAAGGCGCCCAGGAUGGAGCUGCAUUCCGCCGAGGACAUCCAGGCGGAGCUGGAGAGGUGCAGGGCAAAUCUGAAGGUGCUCCAGCAGGCGCUGGCCGAAGAAAAGUUCAAGGUGAUCUACUUGCAGACCACCAUUGACAGACACCGCAGCUUGGAGCUCCGCAGGCGGGAGGAGGAGGAGGAGGAGGAGGAGGGGGAGGAGAAGGCGGCGGCUAGUAGGAGCGCUGUUCGCCCAGCGGUCGCGACGGGCUCCACCAGGUUUGCUCGGCCAGGUAAACCUGCGCCGGCGCCCCCGCGAAGGAAACCCUGUCCCCCGGUGGAGAAAGUUGAGGUGGCCCCCGUGGUCCCAGAGCUCUGGCCGCCCAGCGAUCACGAGUAUGAGGACUUGGAGCUGAACGAGAACUUCGUGAGACACAACCUGGUGGUACCCCGCAGGGACGCGAACCCCCACCGCGACGCCUUGCGCGGGCAUCGCCAUAGCCGCGACCUGGACUCGAGCGACGACGGAAGGUUGUCUCCCGCAGGAACGCCGCGCACCCGCAGAGCGCCCCUGGGCUCCGGCUACAGCACGCCGGAUAGGAGGAGCGACGGGGAGCUCAGCUCGGACCACGACGACUCGUCAUCGGCAGACUUCAACUACAACACAGAUGGCUACGAUGGCGACGCGGCCGAGGACCGAAAGUCCCAGGAUGGUUCGGAGACUAUGCCCUUCAUCGAUGAAUCGCCUACUAUGUCCCCCCAGUUGUGUGCCCGCGGCCCUGACGGAGAGGCCGUCUCCCCUACUCCCCCUGAGGGACUGCUGCCUGGGGGGGACACUGAGAAGGGUCUGGAAAUGAAGAAGCUGGUUCUCUCUGGGUUCCUGGCAAGCGAAGAGAUCUACAUUAACCAGCUGGAAGCCCUGCUGCUGCCCAUGAGGCCGCUGAAGGCCACUGCCACCACAUCCCAGCCAGUCCUGACCAACCAGCAGAUCGAAACCAUCUUCUACAAGAUCCAGGACAUCUUUGAGAUCCACAAGGAGUUCUACGAUGCGCUGUAUCCUAACAUUCAGCAGUGGGAUGACAAAGUGACUGUGGGACACCUCUUUCAGAAGCUGGCUAGUCAGCUCGGUGUAUACAAAGCGUUUGUUGACAACUACAAAGUUGCUGUGGAGACAGCGGAGAAGUGCAGCCAGGCAAACAGCCAGUUCCAGAAGAUAUCCGAGAACCUCAAAGUGAAAGGGCCCAAGGAUUCGAAGGACUGCACCACCUCGGUCACCAUGGAAGCUUUGUUGUACAAACCCAUUGACCGCGUGACCCGAAGCACCCUGGUUCUUCAUGACCUGCUGAAACACACUCCAAAGGACCACCCUGACUUCCCCCUGCUGCAGGAUGCUCUGCGUAUCUCCCAGAACUUCCUGUCCAGCAUCAAUGAGGAGAUUGACCCCCGCAGGACCGCAGUCACCACCCCCAAGGGCGAGGCUCGUCAGCUAGUGAAGGACGGCUUCCUAGUGGAAGUAUCUGAGGGCUCCAGGAAGCUGCGUCAUGUUUUCCUCUUCACCGACCUCCUCCUCUGUGCCAAGAUGAAGAAGACGGCUGUUGGAAAACAUCAGCAGUAUGACUGCAAGUGGUAUAUCCCGCUGGCCGAUCUGACAUUCCAGACCCUGGACGACUCUGACUCCUGCCCCCACGUGCAGACACUGCCAGAACAUGAGAUUGAAGAGAUGAAGACAAAGAUCUCUGCCAUCAAGAGUGAGAUCCAGAAGGAGAAGAAAGCCCUGAAGGGCCAAAGUCGCGCGCUGGAACGCCUGAGGAAGAAGAUGAACGAACAGGAGUCCUGCCUGCUCCUGCACUCGCCCAUGAUCCCGUUUCGCAUCCACAACAAGCAUGGCAAGAGCUACCUCUUCCUGCUUUCCUCUGAUUAUGAGAGAUCGGAGUGGCGAGAGGCCAUACAGAAACUACAGAAGAAAGAUCUCCAGGCCUGUGUGCUAAGCUCUGUGGAGCUCCAGGUCCUGACUGGUUCCUGCUUCAAACUGAGAACUGUCCAUAACAUUCCAGUGACCAGUAAUAAGGACGAUGAAGAAUCUCCUGGGCUGUAUGGUUUCCUCCAUGUGAUCGUUCAUUCUGCCAAGGGCUUUAAACAGUCAGCCAACCUGUACUGCACGCUGGAAGUGGACUCCUUUGGGUACUUUGUGAGCAAAGCUAAGACGCGGGUGUUCCGGGACACCACAGAGCCCCAGUGGAAUGAAGAGUUUGAGAUUGAGCUGGAAGGCUCCCAGUGCCUGCGCAUCCUGUGCUAUGAGAAGUGUUAUGACAAGUCCAAGCUGAACAAGGAUGACAAUGAGAUUGUGGACAAGAUCAUGGGAAAGGGCCAGGUGCAGCUGGAUCCCCAGACUGUACAGUCCAAGAACUGGCACAUGGAUGUGAUAGAAAUGAAUGGGAUCAAAGUGGAGUUCUCCAUGAAGUUCACAAGUCGGGACUUGAGCUUGAAGAGAACGCCGUCAAAAAAGCAGAGUGGCGUGUUUGGAGUGAAGAUCAGUGUGGUGACAAAGCGGGAGCGCUCCAAGGUGCCUUACAUUGUCCGCCAGUGCAUCGAAGAGGUAGAGAAGAGGGGUAUCGAGGAGGUGGGCAUCUACAGGAUCUCAGGUGUUGCCACAGACAUCCAGGCCCUGAAGGCAGCGUUCGAUACAAAUACCAAAGACAUCUUGGUGAUGCUGAGUGACAUGGACAUCAACGCCAUAGCCGGUACACUGAAGCUGUACUUCCGGGAGCUGCCUGAACCCCUGCUCACAGACCGUCUGUACCCAGCGUUCAUGGAGGGCAUAGCGCUGUCAGACCCGGCUGCUAAGGAGAACUGCAUGAUGCAUCUCCUGCGCUCCCUCCCUGACCCCAACCUCAUCACCUUCCUUACCCUGCUGGAGCACCUUAAGAGGGUUGCUGAGAAGGAGCCUGUCAACAAGAUGUCUCUCCACAACCUGGCCACUGUGUUUGGGCCCACUCUGCUGAGGCCAUCUGAGGAGAGCAACAAGGGACACAUCACACUAGCCUCAGACAUCUGGUCACACGACGUCAUGGCACAGGUCCAAGUGCUUCUCUAUUAUCUUCAGCACCCACCCAUCUCCUUCACAGAGCUCAAGCGCAACACCCUCUACUUCUCCACGGAUGUCUAACCUUGGGCCGCAAACGAGCAACCGGCCACGUCAACAUCUCCCAACACUCCUUUGUACUGUACAGUGCCAGCAACAGACAGGAAAAAGCAAACAAUAAAAGAAACACUGUGCCCUUCUUGCAUUCCUUAGUCACAUUGUGUGUGUUUGUCUUGAGUGUGUCAGCCUGGAUCUGCCUGCUCAGUACUGAGGAGUGUCAGGAGCAGUUGACGUCUCUCCUUGGAUAGCCAACGCUCCGCCCUGCCUACAGCUGGCCAGAAGGGUGCAGGAUCCAUCUCACUGCCUGAGGAAGGCUCCGCCCCUCUAUUUAUUUUCCCUCCUUUAAUGGCCACGGAGGAUAUUGCGUUCAUCUGUCCCCCAAGUGCCUGCAGCAUUAGAGAGCAGGGACCACAGUGCUGUUGCUGCAGCUCAAUGAGGGACUCCACGGCCGGCCCACCACUACCCAGCGGGAGUAGUGAACGUGGUGCAUUGUGACUGUGUAGCAUGGUGGUGUCUCCAGUCCAGUCGUUCCAGAAUUUCCUGUUACUUUUUUCUUCAGAGGCAUUUCAGAAAUGGCAUUUUACAUGUUUUAUAAAUAUUUGUUCAAUGGUUUGUUUCCUCUGCUUUGUGCAUGUGAUUCAGGAGUGGUGUGUGUGUGUGCGUGUGUGUGUCCCUGGGGCUCAGAGAGAAGACAGUAAUCCCAGGAGGACUGUCUGCAUCUUCUCUCUCUCAACAUCUCGGGGAGGAGCUCCAUGCAAUUCAGGAGCACAGCCCUCUCUCUCUUGUGAGUUUAGGCCAAAUUUGCCCUAUUUAUUAUAAAUAUAUAUAUAUAUAUAUAUAUAUUAAGUGUGCCUGUACAGUCCAGUACAUCUAUAGAAUAACUAUGGGGUUGGUCUGCUGUUUACCCAUUAGUGGUGAUUUUAGUUUUCAUUUAGUCAUGUUGGCUGAACUGUACUGUAGUGUGAACAAAAAUUCCAUACAAAUUGACAGAUGGUUCUUGAACCUUUUCACUCAGAAGUAAAGGGGGAUGCGUUAAGAACAUUCAGUUAAAGAUAAAAAAUAAAGUAAAACUUUCCAAGUCAAUCCAUUGCGCUUGUAUGUGUGCAGCAGCACUCUGCUUUGGAGCCAUGGGAUGACUGAUGUUACUGCCCUCACUGCAUGUUCAGCUUAUCAGUCAGGCUGGAAACAAGUCCCCCAUCAUCACCCAGUUGUCCCACAUUGGCAUUGCUGUAGAGCCUUGCAAAUUGAACCUUUCUGCUAUCAAGCCUGCAACUUAUCUUGAAAUAAGCACUGUUAGAUAAGUAAUGAUAUU